AUGCCGUGCUCUCUAGGUAAUCUGCGGGAGCUCCACAAACCAGGAGGCGGGCGUGCAAGGGCAAGGCUGUGCAACGUGUGCUCCGGCACCGACGGCGCAGGGCGCGCACGCGAGCAGCGCGCAGCAGCCGCGGGCGCGAUCGAGGCGAUAGUGGCGGCGCUGCAGGCUCACCCGCAGGAGGUGGAGGUGCAGGCGGAAGGCCACAGGGCGUUGGGCAACGUGUGCUCCGGCACCGACGCCGCGGGGCACGCACGCAGCCAGCGCGCAGCAGAGGCGGGCGCGAUCGAGGCGGUUGUGGCGGCGAUGCAGGCUCACCCGCAGGAGGAGGUGCAGGAAUUUUACAACAAAACUCCCUGA